GUUUAUGAGUACAAAGUUUGCAUGUUUAUGUUAUAUGUUUGUGUGGUUUGCUUAUUUACUUAUUUGUAGUUAGUUUAAACAUUCUUAAUGGCAGAUUUUGAUGAAAAAAGUGGCGUUAUUCCUUGCAAAACAGAAUGGGGAUCUUGGUGGCAAACUAUUGAUGAAGUUUUCAUCGAAAUAAAUUCAAGUACCAAUUUAAACGCCAAAGAAAUUAAAUGCACAACAAAGCCAACUCACAUCUCAGUGCUGAUAAAAGGAGACGUAAUUUUUGAGGUUGGACUUGACCGUCAAACGAUGACAACUAUCUUCUAAUAGCAAAUUAUUUAUAAAACUUGGUUUAAUAUUCAUACAUUAGCUUACAUAGAAUUACUUUGUCAUAUUAAUAUGAAGAAUAAGACAUAAAUCUAAAACUAAAAUUACUAAAUUAAAAACCUAAUUAAUAAUCACUAAUCACAUAUUUAUUUAGUUAAAAUAAUCAAAUAUUUAUUUUAACAUUAUCAUAAUCAUGUCAUUAACACUAUUAACUUUUUUAGUCAAAAAGGCUAUGUAGUAAUGUACGUAAGUAUCUGUAUACUAUAUGCCUCUCAGGAAACCAAUGAUUAAAAAUGUACAACUUAUCAAAGGGGUGUUUCAAGGCAGUCACUGAGGAUUUGAGGACAGGGAGAUGUACGCUCAUUCCUUUCUUGUCUCAUUUAUCUACCCCAACACUUUAAGUAUAAGAAGCUCAGAUAUCUUCAAGAAUCAUGGUGUUUGAAAGCUCUUUUUUGAAGAAAGAGAAGGCAAGCGUAGAGGGCAGGGUUGUCACUAUAUACAGCAUUUGUCAUAAAAUCAAACACAUAUUAUUAUUUAAUAAAAUGCUGAAAAUGUUGUCAUGAAUAUAACUUGAAAUUUAAAAAAACAAACUAGCUCUUUAAUGUCAUGGUAAAUACAUUGACUCACUUUACUUGGAUUAGUCAUUAAAUUGCCCAACUUUAGGUUUAAGAGUUGUUACAUCCAAAAUUGUUUCAUGAUAGCAAAUUAUUUCAAAUUGUCAGAAUUUUAAACUUUAGUUCUUUUUUCAACUUGUCAUCCUUCCAUCAGGGUGCAUUAUAUGAAACAGUACACAGUGAUGAUACAGUAUGGACUCUAGGUAAAACCUACUUUAUUCUCUAUGAUCACAGCUUUACUAGCUAUUUAAAAAUGGUAGUUAUUUGUCUUUGAAUAAUAUUAAUUUGGAAACUGCAAACCAGUACUUGGUCCAAAUGGUUGCAUAUUAUAUUAAUAUUCACAACUCAGUUGAAAAGUGUUGCUUUAAAGGCACAACAAGAAGCCUAUACCAAUUUUUUACUCAAUAAAAUCAAUCAGGCCAUUGCCAGAAAAUAUUGUGUUCAUCCGUUUUAUAAGUUAAACUCUAAAAAGUCAAUGCUCUGUAAUUUUCAGAGGACAAACACAUAAUUCGUAUUUGUUUAAGUAAAGCUCACAACACAGCUGCUCACUGUUGGCAAUCACUCCUGGUGGGCAAAUAUAAAGCUGAUCCAUACACAUUUGAUGAGAUGCAGAAAAAGUUGACAUUGCAAAGGUUUCAGUACGAGGUAAGCAUGAGUCAUGGGAGGUAAGCACGAGUCGUGGCUCUAUCAGUCAGAAUACUCCUGCUUCAAGCUAUUUUUUCUUCUUUAAAUUUUGUCUCAUUUAAAUUUAGAAGAAAAGUUGAGCAAGUAAAUUUAAAAUAAUUAAUUUGAGCGAAUUAAAUAAUUUAAAUAGCACGCUAUGGAAAUGAACGCUUUUUUAUUUUCUGUGGAAAAAUGCAAAUUAAAAUGACAAAUGUUCUUUUUCACCAAGUCAUGAAUGAUUUAAAAUAAAUUAAAUUAUAAUUUUAUGUUGCAAAAAUUAUCAAAAUUUUAUGUUUAAUUGGGACUCAAUCAGUAAUUCAAUGUUUUAGUAUAAAACUAUUAAUAAAUUAAUAUCUUUUCUCAGAAUCCAGGUAUGGACUUUAGUGGUGCAUCCAUGACAGGAAAUUAUCAGGGAGGAGGUCCGCAGCUGCCAAGUUAAUUUACUUAUAGCUCCCAAGUUGACCUACUAAAAGCUGCCAUUAAAAAACCUUUGUUAUUAUAUAAAAUUGAUUACAAAAUUUUGCAUUAAAAUAAGGCAUAGGAAAGGAAUUCUGAAAAAGAUUUAACAAAUGAGGAUUUUUGUGUAGCUGGCACCGUUUCCUAAUAAUUUAUAGCAUUAGUGUUAAUAGUAUAUAAAAUUGUCUUAAGCUUCAUAUUUUUAGUGGCCUGAACAGUUUAAUCGCAAAGAAAUUGAGCUUUUUUAUAUUAUUAGAUUUUACAAAACUUAACAUAUUGAACAUUGUAAUUCCUCAAUCUGAAGGAAUAACUAAUGCCAGGAGUUCUUAUGAUAUAGUAUCAACUUCAUUUGUGCAAAUAAAUUUCAUUUAACUCUGUGUUGAACUGAUAUCUGUGUUGAACUGAUAUUUUUAUAAAUGUCUUUAUUAUAUAAUAAGGUCAUGAUAUUGGAAUACUUACUGCUAUUAAUAAAUAAUGAAAUAAAUGUGUAUUAUUUGUACUGGUAUAAAGAAUUUGUUUUGUAUUUUAUGUCAUUUCCUAAAAAUCCCUAAACACAGAAGCAUACACAACUGACAUAAGUGACACAUGUAGAGAAAAUUAAUAAAGAAAAUACAAUGUCUUCCAUAUUGGAUCAGCAAAGAAAAAAACCAAAAGCAAGCAUAUUUAAGAUAGUCAUCAUAGUUUUAUUCACUGUUGAUUCAUAUAUUAUUCAGUUUUAUAUACCGGUAUUUUUGUGCUAAAAUGUCGAUGAGGUAAAAAAAUUUAAGAAUAUAUACCAGGGGUCGGGAACCUAUGGCUCGCGAGCCAGAUGUGGCUCUAUUGAUGGCUGCAUCUGGCUC